AUGGGGGCUAGUGGGGCAUCAGGUGGGAUUUUGAUUAUGUGGGAUAGGAGGGUUGUGGAGAAGGUGGAUGAAUGCAUGGGACGGUAUACUUUAGCUGUUUCAUUGCGUAACGCUGAAGAUAAUUUCUUAUGGGCUUUUGGGGGUGUGUAUGGGCCUAAUGAUGAUGGGGAGAGGAGGGUAUUGUGGAAUGAGAUGGCUGGCUUGAUGAGUUGGUGGGAUAGACCGUGGUGCUUUGGGGGUGAUUUCAAUGUGGUGCGGUUUCCGAGUGAGCGAUCGGGAGUUGGUGGUUUUUCUGCUGCUAUGGAAGAUUUCUCGGAGUUCAUACAUGGGCAGAGUUUGGUGGAUAUUCCUCUCCAAGGAGGGCAGUUCAUUUGGUCCAAUAAUCAGGUAUGGUCUAAAAUUGAUAGGUUUUUGUUAUCUCCAGAGUGGGAAGAACAUUACCCUGAUGUGUCACAAAGUCAACAAGGGCAACGUUGGUGGGAGUCUUAUGAUUUUCAAGGCCUGCCGAGUUUUGUGCUGGCUAGCAAGUUGAAAGCUUUAAAAGUGGACUUGAAGAUUUGGAAUGCGGACGUCUUCGGUGAUGUAGGGAAGAAGAAGAAGGAAUUAUUAGAAGGUAUUAAAGAGCUAGAGUGUUUUGAAGAAGCUCGGGGGUUAGUGGAGGAGGAGCGGGUUCAGAAGUCAGACAUGAUCAGGGAGCUGGAAAAAACUCUCCUGUUUGAGGAGGUUAAUUGGAAGCAAAAAUCUCGGGCUCUAUGGUUGAAGGAAGGGGAUAAUAACACUAAAUUCUUUCAUAGGGUAGCCAAUUCGCAUCGGAGGUACAAUCAUGUGGGAGUUUUGAGGAUCAAUGGGGCUUUGUCUUCUGAUCCGGUGAUAAUUAAGGAUCAUAUUGUAAAUUAUUAUGACUCCCUGUACACCGAGCAGAGUUCGUGGCGGCCAAGGGUGGAUGGUAUUUCUUUCUCCUCCAUUGAUGCGGAUGAGUGUCUUUGGUUAGAACGAGGUUUUGAGGAGCAGGAGGAUGUUGAAUGCGUCUAUGCUCCAAGGCUUGCUUUCAGGCUUCUCAGUGGGCUUCAGGGGUAA